AUGACGACCGGACGAGCAGACCCAAACAACUUCCCCGAGAUCCAGACGGGCGGAAGUCUGAUGAUCGCAUGGCAGAUCAAGGGCAAACGAGUGCUCCUGGUGGGUGGUGGUGAGGUAGCAGCAACCCGCCUAGUCCACCUCCUCUCCGCCGACGCCCUCGUAACCCUCAUCGCCCCGCCCCCCCUCCACCCGGAAGUCUCCUUCCGCCUCACCCAAUUCCCGAACUCCCUGACCUGGAUCCCCCGCGCCUUCGAACCAACCGACCUCACCGACCACGCCAACGAUUACUCUUUGAUCUUGACAGCAAUCGACGACCCCCUCGCCUCUUCCCAAAUCUACAAACUCGCCCACCAGCUAAAAAUCCCCGCCAACAUCGCCGACGUCCCCUCCGAAUGCGACUUCUACUUUGGCUCCGUGCACCGGGACGGGCCGUUGCAGAUAAUGGUCAGCACGAACGGGAAGGGUCCGCGGUUGGCGUCGACGAUUCGGAAACUGAUAGCCAAGGCGCUGCCCAAGAAUGCGGGGAGGGCGAUUGAGCAGAUGGGUGAGCUGCGCAAAAAGUUAAGGGAGGUGGCACCAAAACAGGAGGAGGGGAAGAGGCGGAUGGAGUGGAUUAAGAAGGUUAGUGAUGCUUAUGGGUGGGAGGAGAUGGGGGAGAUGACGGGGGAGGAUAUGGCGAAUUUGUUGGGGUGGUAUCGUAGGGAGGGGGGAGAGGAUGGGUUGGAGGUGCCGAGUUUGGAGGAGUUGAGGGCUUUGCGGAAGGAGAAUCAGGAUGGUGUGGGAGAGGUGGAGAAGAAGGUGGAGGAGUUGAAGGUGGAGGAUAAAGCGUAG